AUGUUAUCGAGGGCAUUUCUAUGGCCAAUCAUACAGUAUAAUUCUAAUCUCCCGGAGGAAUUGGAAUCGAUCAGGUACCAUUUGAGAGCGGCCUUUGUCAAGCAUUUUACAGAAAUAUCCAACCAAUACGGCAAUGUCCAGUCCGUUAACUUGGUUCACUCUCACGGUGUUGAAAAUGUCCCGGCAUCUAUAUAUGCUUCAUUGUUUGAACAAUCGCUUUUUCCGAUGCAGAAUGCCAAGUUUUCUUAUCUACAUUUUGACCUGCACAAAGAAAGCUCAAAGGACCUCAACAGCCUUCAAAACCUGUUGGCUUCCGUUGAAGACUUUGUUGACUCUUCAGGAGCUUUUCAACUCUGUCUUGCUGAUAAUCGUAUAAUCAGUUUGCAAUCUGGCAUUAUUCGAACCAAUUGUAUUGACUGUCUGGAUAGGACAAACGUUGCGCAGUGCUUGUUUGGCACAUAUAUACAGACAAAGCAAUUGAAGAACAUCUUGGGGGCUGACUUUUCCAACCCCCAAUUUAAUAGCAAACUUUCGAAUUGUAGUAUUUUGUUCUCUCAAGCUUGUAGAUGCAAUGGAUUUGGUGUAUGGGCGGCUGAUACCGACACCCAAUGGCCUGAGAAAGGCACCCCCUCGUAUGAUCAAGCUUCCAUUGUUUUUGUGUGCGAGCUUUUGCUUAAUGGAAUCCAUCUUAACAAUGACACUAAGAUUUGGGCUCCAAUAUUUAGAGCCACCCUUGUUAUCAUAAUUUCAACGUCUUGUCAAUAUGUGGUGAAGCAUAAAAAUUGGAUUUUGUCUUUCCCAAGCCGGGAAACCUCGCAUUUGGGUGGUCGCCAUCCAUUAGUACCUACAUAA